AUGGUGUCUGCAGAGUCUUCCGACCCAGUCAUCGCCAGCAUCAUUGCCAAUGACAAGACACCAUGGUACAAGAAGCCGAACCUGCGAUUCUUGUAUAUUUUCCUUGUGCCUUGCUGUCUAGCCAUUGAGGCCACUGGAGGCUUUGACAGCUCCAUGAUGAAUGGACUCCAGUCCCUCAAAUACUGGCAAAAGGCGUUCAACCACCCCGACGGCGCGAUUCUUGGCAUGUUAUCCGCAUCCUACAGCCUAGGUGCCAUCACCGCACUUCCCUUCGUAGCGAUCUUGUCCGACCAUGUCGGCCGCCGAUGGGCCAUCAUGUUUGGAUCUCUGGUUAUGAUGGCUGGUGCAGUCCUGCAGUGCUUUUCGGUGAACAGUAAGUUUACGAUGUGGAUCUUUGCCCGCAUUUUCCUCGGCCACGGCUUUCCUUACUGUGUUGUUUCCGGGUCGUCAUUGAUCGGGGAACUUGCUCAUCCAAAAGAGCGGGCCAGACUCGGAUCUCUAUUCAACGCUUUCUACUUUGUUGGUGCCCUACUCGCAGCAGGCAUCACCCUUCAGACACUCAAGAUUAAGAGUGACUGGAGCUGGAAACUUCCUUCAAUCUUACAGAUGGCGCCGUCGGUAUUGCAAGUCACUUUUAUAUUCUUCAUACCCGAAUCUCCACGCUGGCUGUUGUCCAAGGACCGUGGGGAGGAGGCUCUGGCCAUAUUGAAGAAGUACCAUGAUGAGGCUGGGGAGGAGUUCGCAAUUGCGGAGAUUGAGUUCGCUCAGAUCAAGAAGGCUUUGGAAGUUGAGAAUGAAAGUCGAAAGCGGGGCUGGGCUGAGUUGUUCCAAUCUCCUGGUAUGCGCCGCCGCAGUCUCAUCGGUGCAUUCCUCGGUCUGUUUACUCAAUUUUCCGGCAACACUCUUAUCUCGGCAUACCUGGUCGUCAUCUUGAAGCAGAUCGGCUUUACCAAUCCCUUUGUGCAGAAUCAGAUCAACGUCGGUCUGCAGGGCUGGAAUCUGGUUGUGGCCUUCUGUCUGGCCCUGUUUGUCAGUCGCUUCCCGCGUCGCAGGAUGUAUUUGCUCUGCGCAUCAUGCUUGCUCUGUGUCUACACAGGAUGGACUAUCGCUCAGGCGCGUCAGAUGAUUACCGGAUCAUACGCCGCAGGAAUCACGGUGAUUGCGUUCAUCUUCCUCUACCAACUAGCGUAUUCCAUUGGUUACAACGCCUUGACUUACGUCUACCUGGUCGAAAUUUUCCCCUAUUUCGUACGCACCAAGGGCAUUUCCUGGUUCCAGCUGUUUGGAAAGGGCGCUGGCUUCUUCUCCACCUUCGUCAAUCCGAUCGCGCUCAAGGAUAUCACCUGGCGCUACCUCAUCGUUUAUAUUGUUUGGCUCGCAUUUGAGAUCUGCUUCAUCUAUUUCCUUUUUCCAGAAACCCACAAUCGAUCGCUGGAAGAGUUGGCUUUCCUGUUCGAGCCUCAAGAGGAGAAAGAUGCGAUCAGCGGAGGGUUGGAAAAGAGGCAUCUUGAGGAUGACGUUCACAUCGAAGUCCUGGGAAAACAAAAUGAUGAUAAAGUGUAAUCCAACUAUGCCCCAUCACGUCUUGCGCAAAGGACAAUAUCAUCAGUACACGAAGGAGGCUACUUGGAGA